AUGACAGAGAGGACUCUGAAAAGAAUUGUCGAGCUUCACGCCCCGGUUGCUGAUGUGAACAUUGGGCGAGAUGGCGCUUCCGAAGAUUCAGAGGCAGUGUUGCGUUCCUCUAAAAUUGCAGCAGGAAAUGCAACGGCGGCAAAGAGUUCUUCGGAAAGUAACACCAUGAUUGCUCUCGAGGGAGAAAUGGCGCCACAAGGGCUUCCUGAGGUGGGCGAUGAUACAGCACCUGCUGCUGUAGAUGAAAAUGAUGGGUGUGAAGACGAACAAGCCGUGUGCAGUGAAACCACAAUGAUUAUCGAGAAAGAUACAUUAUGUAUAUUCUUCCCAAACAAAAUCCGUGGUGAUGCUGUUGUUAUCGAAGUAAUGUUGGAGAUCAACCCACUCUAUAUUGAGGGAAAAACCUAUGCAACGUUUAUCCUCGCAGGGCUACCACAUUGUAAAAACGGCGCCUACAUCAAUUUUCGGAUCGAUGAUGAAGAUGAUUGGAAGUUUCACACGUUCCCAGCACUCAAUACUGUUGAAACGGGGGACACAGAGGAAAACAAGCUCCACGGCAUUCUUGAUUUGAACUUGGAAACUAACCCUAUCCAUCUUGAUCGCUCUGUUGUUAUUAGAACACUUAGGUGCCCAAUGGUCCUCGAAGUUUUGGGAUUUGAGAUGAAGACGAAUGUUCAUGUGGACUUUUCAUGGUCACCCUUGAAUGAAAAAAUAACUGGAGAAUUUGAGAUCACUCUUUCCUUUCUGAAAGUUGAGUCAGACGAAGAUGCAAAGCGCAGUGUCAUUAACCUUUUCCUUAUCAAUGGUCCUGAAAGACAGGAUGGGCUGAGCGUCGAUUCUCCUGGAGGCUCUCCAACAGACUUUGUUCUUGGGGAUCGUGAAUUUCAAAACAAUGAGAUUAGUGCACGACGUUGCAGGCUCCUCCGAGUUGAAAGACUAACGAAAGAUGUUAAUCAAACUCUACGGAUUCGGUUUAAUAAACAGUUUACAUCAGUGACACAGGAUGUUGGUAUUCCUUUUGUCCGGACUAGUGGUGAUACCACGAUCCUCGAGGAGAGUGUCACAAUCAUAAACGCUAAAUUACCUCUGGAGGCUGCAUUUACUCCAAAUUCGAAAUCGUGGAAACCGUCUAAAAAGCUUGGAUCCGAUACCUUCAAGACAUUUACGAGAAUAGAAGUCAAUAUAAGAGAACCAAAUCCAUCUGUCUCUAUUUCAUGCCUUCAACCCGCAAUGUCUCCCACGGCAGAGGCAAUGAAUCUGGCCCUGAUUAGGGGCCGUAGUGAGUUUAUUGACAGAAUUGACUACAAGGUUGAAGAAUCGGAGUGCUUUGAUGAUAGACAAACUCCAAUUAUAGUAGUUAAAAUGAGUUUUGAGCUUGAUGUUCCUCCUGGUGUAGAACCUAUGGGAGAAAUCGUUCGAUUUCAUAUUGGGAGUUUCGCAUUCCAGUUUGUUACUAUUAACGGAGGGUUGACCGGAAAAGGUGUACUCUUUGAGGAUGGUGAUGAGUUGAUAGUUUUGAACUUUGGAAUUCUUGAUGGCACUAAGAAUGGCGAGAAAUUACUGGUCAGCGCCGAAUGGUUUGGCGAACAGGCUUCCAUCCUAUCUCUGCAAUUAAAUUACCAGAAUAAGGCCACUUCUGGUUUCACCAAGGGGAAGGUCAUACUAUUGGGUAUGGACACUGAUAAGAGUGAGAUAUUUUUCCAUAUUCCAUGCAAGAGUGUCUGUAAGUCUUUAUAUGGCUCUAUUGUGACCACGAGUGACGUUUAUGGCACUGUUUCGUCAAACUCCCGUUCAUUUGGGAGUCUAGAGGACCAAAAACAGCCAGAAAACUCUGCACAGGAAGCUCAUCAAGAGCACCAAGAUGCCCCGCCCCAUUGGAUGUGGGAGAUGAAGGAAACGCUGAUGGCGAUCAUGAUCAUCUGGAUGCUUUGCAUGAGCCUGAUAUCACAAUCAAAGCAGAACUCGGCGCUUAGAGCUUCACUUCGCCAAACAACAACCAUGUUGGAGAAGAGAGAGAUAAUAAUCCACGACCAGCAGAAAACACCCCCGAAAAACGAGCCCCAUGCGCAGUCCCCAAGAAGGUUCAGAGGGGGCUCUGAGGAUACGUGGUGGUCUGUGGUGGGCCUUGAAGACACUCAAGAGAUCGGCCAAUUUAAAAUCGGCUUUUUAAAGAUGGAUAACCCAAACUCUGAUCACAGCACUUGCGAUCCAGCGGAAGCUGUUUCUGAUUGCAAAAACACUGACAUUACGGAGACCGGCACACCGCCGGUCGUUGAUAUGGGGAGCAACUCCGAUGUUGUAGAUCAAGCCGAAGAGACCACAUCAAAGGCUCCCGACGAACCAAAGGACUGGGCAGAGCAUGACAACAAGGAGCUCCAGAAGAGAGUAGCACUGCUCCUGCAAGAAAGCUUUGCAGAACGGGCCCAGAGUGUUCUGGUACAUUUACUUGAGCUCUUCUGGCACCUUAUAGUUGGGGGAGAGCGUGCUGAACUGUAA